UCUACCUGUAAUUGUCCGAUUCUACUAUUAUAAGUCCAAGUCUGUCAUCACACUCUUAUCUUAAUCCUUUUAAGUUAUUUUAUGUAUAACAGAACUUUUUUUAGUAAUUUUUAUAAUCAGAGAAUGAGGCUACACCUUUCAAGGAAAAGUAGGGCAGGAGCUCUUAAAUUAGCAAGGAAAAAGAAAAAGGAAUGAAUAAAUAUAAUCCACUAACCCAUUCCCUAUAUGAACCAUGGCCACUACUCCACUUCCUUCUUGCAAACAAAUUAAUCAGAUGUUCUGGACGAUUUUUAAACAGUGAUUCCCUCCCUUAUUUCCUCUGAAACUCAAAAACAUAUAUGGCUAGAUACUACAGAUAUUCAUACUUAGACUAUCUGUCCCCUCCUCCUCUCCACCUAUGUUUCUUCGUUUUCAUACUCUUCUUUGUACUGGGUUUAUCCUGGUACAUAAACUAUGAGUCCAUGUUUGAGGAUUUCAUCAACCAGCUGAAAUUCUUCCUGAUUCUGUCCCCGAUUGUUCUGCUGCUUCUGGUUCACUGCUUAUCAGGGAGCGUUCCUUUCCUCAUUCCACUGCCGGAGCAAGAUUCACUUCAUAGAGCAGGAGGGUCGCCAUGGGGGGUAGCCCUUGUGCUUGUGUUCCUUCUUUAUAUGAUCUCUUAUCAGUCUUCUUUUCACGAGCGUUAGUUUCCGUUAGGGAAUAAAUAAUAGUGAUCUAUUUACGGACAUGUAUGUGUGGUUGAUGUUGAGCUUGGCUUGUUCUUUUUUGGUACACAAGACUUGCUUUUGUAUCUUACAUACAUAUAUAUAUAUAUAUAUGUCAGUUGUAUGUAGGUAGCUUUGUCGUUAAUUUGUAAGAUUCUAUAACUAUAAGAUAUUAAUG